AUGGCACAGUGGAUUGGAUAUAUGGUUUCUAUUAAAUGUGCCGACGACUUGGGCACAUUCCAGGGUGAAAUUAACUCUGCAACAAACAAUUUUAUUUCUUUGACAAAGGCCUUUUGUAAUGGCUUUCCUUGUGAACAAAAUGACAUCAAAAUAAGAGCUGGAGAUAUAGUUGAUAUAAAGCUCAUAGAAAAACAAACAAGUUCACCCCCAGAACGUAGCACAGUAACCAUUGCCAAACCGAUUGCUAAAAGAGCUGGUAGAACUCAAAGCACAUCAGAAUCCUCAAAUAAACAUACAAACAAUAAAGUUGUUGAAAAAAACAAUGGCAACAACCCCCAAAUCUUAAUACAAAAUGGAAAUAACAAAUCCAAACCAAUUGACAUUGAGCCGAGAAGUGUUGGCGAUGGGAGCUAUUUAAAGAAUAGCACUCCCAAUAAGAGGGAGAAAAACAAAGGAAAGUGGGGUAAGAGCUGGAAGGAUGAGGAGUGUUUUGGUUCACCGUUGACAAAUAAGAUCAGUAAGGAGUUUGAUUUUGAGAAGAAUUUGGCUUUGUUUAAUAAACAAGCAGUUUGGGAUGAACUGAAUGCCCAUAAACCUGAUGUUAUCAAGCAUACUGAGAACAAGAAGCCUACAAAGUAUAGACACGACGAGAACGUGAUCGCCACCCUGCCGACGACGUAUCGUCAGAUCAGCGUCCCGAAGCAGGACUUCUGCGAAUACGUGACGGACGACGGUCUCAUCAUACCGAGCAUAUCGAGCAACCUGCGUCGCAAGCUCUGGGACGCGGCGGACCGCCACGGCCUGACUUGGGACCGCCGAGUGGAGAUGAUGGGACGCGCGGCGGCCGAAAUUUCCAUUCAGCUGCUGGGCGGCGGCCACAGGCUCAAUCCGCGCAACACCCAUCAGUGGCCCACCGUGGUCGUCCUGUGCGGUCCUCACAAACAAGGCGCGGCCGGCAUCAACGCGGCGCGCCAGCUCUCCAGCCACGGCGUGAAAACCAUCGCGUUCACCGUCGCGAUGGACGCGCACUUCAUCAAGAGCGAACUCUGCCUGUACAUGCUGACCAAGAACCGCGUCGUCAACUCGGUGGCCGACCUGCCUAGCGCCGUCGACCUGAUCAUCCUCGCGCUCUGCGAGGACACCGACAGCCCGAAGAGCUACGCGGCCGUCUCCGACUGGGUGAGGCGCAACAAGGCGCCCGUGCUGGCGCUCGACCCGCCCUCCGUCGGCACGCCCGGCGUCACGCCCAAGUUCUCGCUGCUGCCGGUGCUUCCCCUGCCGCACACCGCCGACAACGGCAAGCUGUACCUGUGCAACCUCGGCUUUCCCGUCGACGUCUUCAACGAGGUCGGCAUCAAGUACAAGUCGCCCUUCGGGCCCAAGUUCGUCAUACCGCUUCAUCCUCGAGAGGAUUAA